AAGGACAAGAGGACACCAUCCUGUCGUAUGAGCCGGUGACGCGGCAAGAAAUUCAUUAUGCGAGGCCGGUGAUCAUCCUGGGGCCGACAAAGGACCGAAUUAACGAUGACCUCAUCUCCGAAUUCCCACACAAGUUUGGUUCCUGCGUGCCACACACCACCAGGCCUCGGCGCGAGAACGAGGUGGACGGACAAGAUUACCACUUUGUCGUAUCCCGUGAGCAGAUGGAGAAAGACAUCCAGGACAACAAGUUCAUAGAGGCUGGGCAGUUCAAUGACAAUCUCUAUGGGACCAGCAUUCAGUCAGUGCGGGCAGUGGCAGAGAGGGGGAAACACUGCAUCCUGGAUGUGUCUGGCAAUGCUAUCAAGAGGUUGCAACAAGCACAACUUUAUCCCAUUGCCAUUUUCAUCAAACCAAAAUCCAUUGAAGCUCUCAUGGAGAUGAACCGGAGACAGACAUACGAACAGGCCAACAAGGUCUUUGAUAAAGCCAUGAAACUCGAGCAAGAGUUUGGAGAGUAUUUUACAGCCAUCGUACAAGGAGACUCUCUGGAAGAGAUUUACAGCAAAAUCAAGCAAAUCAUUGAGGACCAGUCUGGGCACUACAUCUGGGUGCCGUCCCCAGAGAAACUCUGAAGAUGUCCCCCACCUGCUUCCCUGUGAGCAGAAAAUCUCUGAAGUCCCACCCCACCCAAGCCCUCUGCCCCAAGGGGGGGGAAUAUGAAAACUGUUCCUGCCCCCUUUUUUAGAUCGUCGCAAAAUUGAGUUUUCUAGUCCUGUUUCUUUUGUUGGGAUGAACUCAUCUCAUUCAUCAUGUGACUGUUCCCACCGUUCCUGCAUGGACCUUCCCACUGCUCCAUUAGAGACAGAUGAGAACCCAUUCAAGGUCGUUUUUUAUUAUUAUUAUUAUUAUUAACUAAACC